GCAAGAAAUGAUGGCAACAAUGACAUCACUGUCGGUCAGUUUUUGCACCGAGGCUCGCUAAUUUCAGGGGCUGCGGCUGCCCAGGAUGGCCAUGGCUAAAGCGUCAGGGGCUGACCCAAAAUUCAUGUCAGUCUCGAGGUUCCAUUUGCAUAGAAAACUCCAAUAUGAACUGCCAAAAAGCAACCAGGGGGCAGAAACAUCCUUCUCACAAAUCCAAGGAACAAUUUUGAGGCUCAGCGAGACAGCGAGUGUUCCUGGACUCCGAGCAAUACAAAUUUUGACAGCGCUUCCCACUUCAAAGCCACCGCCCCUUCUUUGGCUGGUGGUGCCCCCAGCUGAAUCCUCCUAUCCGAAUCUGGACAAGCUGUCCAUGGUGAUCGAAAGGUGCAGGGAGAUGCUAUCGUUUCGGACGUUAAAAACAACCUUAAACGGGGCAGAACUGUACAGAAGUACAUCCAUUAGCAAUGGCAGCCUAUGCAAUGUCGGUCUGGAAGCAGGUCGCAGUGACGAGUAUACAAGUUGGAUAUCGCAUCGACCAAAAGCGGAUGAAGUACGAGAGAAUUCCAGACAUCAGCCCCAGGCCCCGAUCCUGUGCAUGGAAAGGGGAGGAGCUGAGCUCAUACUUGGCGAAAGUUGAAUAAGAAUUAAG